AUGCCAUCUUGCCUUCAUAAGGUAUCAUCCGUUAGUUGUGGAAAUUUCCAUACCAUUCUCCUUGCUGCUGAUGGCACCGUAUUCUCGUUCGGUUCAAAUUGUCACGGUCAACUGGGAACGGGAGAUGUGCGGAGUAAGGCAGAGCCACAAAUGGUCGUACUCCCGCAAGAUGUGCAAGUAGUACAGGUAGCUGCCGGUGCUAACCACACCGUUUUACGCACCUCUCUCGGAGCUGUUUACACCUUCGGUGCACACAAAAUGGGUCAACUGAUACGACCUCCGGACGACGAUAGCUGCUGGCACGCAACCCCUGGACGAGUACCGGGUUUCGGGCCAGGAUGCGAAUCAUUCGCCACCUGGAUUGGAGCUGUUGGAGAUGCCACUCUGAUUCAUAGUCAUACAGCAUUAAUACAUUCUGAAGAUGUUAUUGAUGCUCAGUUGGUGGCUAGUAAGGUUCGUCCUAAUUUCCUCAAUUUCCUCAAACAACCCUUUCCUAUGUCUGAGAAGGAACUUUUAGGGUCGGAUGACUUGACCCGGGAGAAAUGA